AUGCCUAACUAUUGCCUAACUAUAUGCCUUUAUUACGGUGUCCCUAAAACAGAGAUUGAAAAGCUUCAGCGUGUACAGAACACUGCAGCGAGAAUUGUCACCAGGACUAGGCGGCAUGAGCAUAUUACCCCUGUCCUGCGAAACUUGCACUGGCUACCUGUGCGUCAGAGAGUUGAGUUAAAGGUAUUACAUCUGACAUAUAAAUGCCGACUGUACAACUCUCCGUCUUACAUCAAAGAACUGAUAAGUGAUUAUCAAAGCAAGAGAACUCUCAGAUCCUCGUCGCAGUGGUUCCUUUCUCUACCUAGAGCACCUGCAACUAUCACUUACGGGGAUGCAGCAUUUUCCAUAUCAUCUCCUACUCUUUGGAAUAGACUUCCUGGCGAUAUACGUGAUGCCAUUAGUGUCGGACAGUUCAAAUCAUCUUUUUGUUUCCGUCUUUGGUGA